AGUCCAUUGGAUCAAACCUGUGGACAGAAGAACCAGUGUGUCUUGAUUGGCUUGACUCUAAAGAACCUAACUCUGUGGUUUAUGUCAACUUUGGAAGUAUCACAGUCAUGACAGCUGAACAGCUGAUUGAGUUUGCUUGGGGACUUGCAAACAGCAACCAGACUUUUUUUUGGGUGAUCAGGCCUGACCUUGUUGGUGGGGAAGCAGCUGUGGUUCCACCAGAAUUUAUGCAAGAGACCAAUGAAAGGGGUCUAUUGGCAAGUUGGUGCCCUCAAGAACAAGUUCUGAGCCACCCAGCCGUAGGAGGGUUCUUGACACACAGUGGUUGGAACUCUACUCUUGAGAGUUUGUGUGGUGGAGUGCCCAUGAUCUGUUGGCCCUUCUUUGCAGAGCAACAAAUCAAUUGUAGGUUCUGUUGCAAAGAGUGGGGCAUAGGCAUGGAGAUAGAGGGUGAUGUUAAAAGAAAUUACAUAGAGGGGCUUGUGAGAAAGUUAAUGGAGGGAGAGGAGGGCAAAGAGAUGAGGAAGAAAGCCUUGGAAUGGAAGAAGUUGGCAAAGGAGGCCACCACUGGUCCAAAUGGGUUAUCUUUUGUGGGUUUGGACAAAUUGGUUAACCAGGUAUGCAUUUACUUGACAUCGGUACAAUGUAAAAUGAAGUCCAAGGCAAACGUAAGUGGCAUCGGUUACCACGUUGAUGCACGAUACCAAAGUUUCACGGCCACGUUGUUGAUCGGGAAAUAAUCGAUGGGUUAUGUGUGAUAAAAGCUCCCUUUGUUACUA